UGGCUCAAGAUGGCAGGAGAGAAACAGUGAAGAGAGCCGAAGGUUUUCUGAAAAUUUACAGGAAAAAUGAGUCGUUGUGAAGUUUGAAGGUGCUCCUUUCUGACAGCCGAGGAUUCAGGGAGGGUGUGCGGGGGGACAGGACCACGACCAGGGCACCAUCCUAAAAAAGGAGUGAGAGAUCACCUGAGGUGGAAGGAAUAAAUCGACAGUUGACACAGUCAAGCCUAUCAGAUGAAGAGCCUUCAAUUCCGGAGCAUUGCUCCUAAGGCCCCAGCAAUGGUGCCCACCCCUUCUCCUGCCACCCUUACCUGCCAGUCAUCGUCUGCCCUACCUGAGGCUUCCACUGCCUCAAGCCCCAAGUCCAUUCUUGUACCCGCCCAAAACUAUGCACUAAUGCAAAUAGCAGGUCAAGAUGGCACAUUCUCCCUGGUGGCCCUGCCUCCCUCUGUUUCCUCUCAGACAUCACAGCAACAGACUCAGUCAGUGCAAAAGAACCUCAAGUUACCCAUUCCCCGGUAUCAGUCAGUGAGGAGCAAGAAGCCCUCAGAUAAAGUCAAAUCUCCACCUCUAGCUGCCAGUGUAAAAACAACCUCCACUGUUUCUGUAACGACACAGACUAAGUCAGUGGUGGGUGGAACGUUAGUGCCCAAAGAGGAGCCUUCAGAAAAGGUAAUUCUGCUCGACCCAACGUCCCCCGACAUCUCUGUCACUGCUCUGCUGCCAGAUAAUGCUCUUCUUUAUCCCUGUUCUAAGCUAGAGAGAACUUCACAUGGCCCUGAAGGACCUGCCGCAACUGGUCUUAUACAAAACCUUCAAUACCCCUCUGCAGCUCCUUCAAGCUCCACAGGAAAAUCCUCAGAUGAAAGUAAGACCACAGUGCGGCUGUGCCAGUCUAAAUCAGCUGCAGUUCAGCCCCAGAGCAGCAUUACUGUCCUGUCUCCAGCCAUCUUUAGUAAAGCAGUCCAAAUUAUCCCUUCACCGCCUAAGGGUAAACUGCCCAUUCUGCCAUAUUCUAAAAUGAAGAGCUCCCUGAUCCCAGCUACAAAGCUCAGCAAAUUACCCCCGGAGAGAAAAGGCUUCAGUGGCCAGAGAGGACUCUCCAGCCCCUCAGAUACUACAUGCAAGAAUACGGAGAAUGCUGACGUCCUGAGUCAAAACCAGGUGCAAAACUCUGAUCAACAGCCCCAGGCCAAGCCCACACUUGUGCCCACCACCCUCCAGAAACCACCUGGAAAGAAGAGAGGCAGGAAAAGAAAGACAAUGGAAGACAUCUUGGCUUUUGAGGCUCGAAAGAAGAGAUCUUUGUCUUUCUUUCGUAGGAGGGUCCCCGAGAAGCCACCAGCAGUCAUUCCAGGAUUCAAACAAAAGGAAGUGGACAUUUCCAAGAAAUACCGGAGCAUUCGACCCAAGCCCAUGUUGGUUAUGGAGACAGUUCCUCGGCUUGUCAGUUUGCCUUCCAUUACACCAGAUGGUCAAGACAAAGAACUCAUACUUGGUCAUCCGCUCCCCACUGCUACCACAGCAAAGGCUCCAGACUGUCCUUCCCAACCAACCCCAGUGACUCUGCAACUGAGAGGUGGCUCGCACACGAAGGUUUUUAUAGGAAGCCGACCUCUCCACCGCUGCUUCAUCUGCAGCCGCUGUUUUCAAUUCAAGCACCACCUCCAAAGCCACAUUAACACUCACACCAACAGUCGACCCUACAUUUGCCCUCUGUGCCGCAAGGAGUACGCACACAGAGGUAGCUUGAGCACCCACAUGAAGCUUCAUCACUCGGAGGUGCGGCCACGCCAGUCUCUCUGUUGCGAGUUUUGCGAGAAAGCCUUUGGAUACGUGGGGGUAUAUUUCCGUCACCUUAGAGAAGUCCACAAGGUGGUGCUGACUGUGGAGCCAUCAGUCAGACGUCAUGAGGAUGACAUGUCUGAAGAGGGAACCAAUUCACCAGAGCCAUCAGAUGAACAAGAUCACGAAGACCCUGUGGAGUUGCAAAUAAAAUGUGGUCGCUGUCAGGUCGUCACUCCCACCUUUACCGACAUGAAGAUGCAUUUACUGUAUUUGCAUGGGGAGAAGGUCCACAUCCGUCCUCAUGAUGGUCAGACCCCACAGGCUGGCCGCGAAGUUGAGAACGAGCUAGUAAAGCAUGCUGCCCACUAUUGGCGGCAGCUCAACGAAAAGCGCAACCUGGUCAAAUGCGGUAGCUGUGAGGAGGAGUUCUUUUCCUUUUCCAAGCUUAAGAAGCACAUCAUGUCCCACCAUCGUUUCAGCAAUGGGGAGAGCGAUGAAGUCAGGUCCUCCUCACCAGAAAGCUGCUGCACUCUUGGCGUACUGGCAGCAGGUGCGGCUUAUAACUGUGUGCUUUGCACCAAGGUGUUGGACACUAAGGAGUUGGUUAUGGAGCACUGGAGAAGUCACCAUCACUGUGAGCAGCCCAGUUUGCUGUGGGAUGCCCUGAGCUCAUACUCCAGCCACGAAGAAGAAGGGGAGGCGGGCAGGGAUUCAGACUCUCCUGCUCCAAGCCCACAUUAAAGCAGACUAGCCAUUGAAUGGCAACAAAUCCCUUUACUGUAACUCCUCCCCAUACUAUCUCAGCCCUAAUAAUCAGCAGUACAGGGAUGAAGAGUAUCUUUUAUGUUUUUCAGGACUGGUUUCAUUUUUCACUGUUAAGGAUACGACACGAGAGAAAGUAAAAAAAAGUGUCAAGCCAUUGGUGAAAAUUAAUUUCUGCGUUACAGCUCUUAAGAGAUA